AUGCCAUCCAGAACUAUCAUUCAAACGGUUAUAAGACCAACGGUUCGCUAUUCCUCGUUCUUUUGCUAUAUUGGUGCUUUCCGUGAGUGCGCACAGCUGUCAAACUUCAUCCUUUCAGAGUACAACAAGGCCACGUUUGGUCUCAUCUGCAAGACCACGCUGAG